AUGCAAUUCAUUACUUUUCUGCUAUUUACAUUUGUGACAUCAACAAUAAAAUCAUCGAAGGGCUCCGAGUCAUGCCCCGCUAUUUGUAAAUGCUCAGAGUGGGAAACGUACACAAUUUCGUGCUUUGAUAUAGAUGUCAUACCUAAAUUUCCUUCCAGCACCGAGACGCUGUGGCUCGAGGAGACACGGCUGACCUCCAUCCCGCCGGACGCCUUCGCAAACAUGGUCAACAUUUCAUGGAUACAUAUAUCAGUAGAUGUGACUUUGAAGAGGCUGGACAGACAUUCCUUUUCUAACCUGAUGAAGAUCGUCCAUAUAGAAAUACGGAAUGCCAGGAGCUUGUCAUACAUCCAUCCGGAGGCCUUUAAGAACCUGCCAAAUCUGAAGUACUUGGGGAUUUUCAACACGGGUCUUGUAGCUUUCCCUGACCUGACAAGGAUCCACUCAGACCACAACAGCUUCAUACUUGAAAUUGCUGAUCACCCGUACAUCAAAGAAAUACCAGCCAACUCGUUCCGCGGCAUCACCAAUGACGUUUUGUCAGUGAUGCUGUACAGCAACGGCUUCACUGAGAUCCACCCCAAUGCCUUCAACGGGACCAAACUGGAUGCUGUGUACCUCCACAGAAACAAACACCUGGUCAGGAUAGACGAGCGAAUAUUUGCUGGCACCAUCAGCGGACCCACGCUACUUGACGUGUCCCUUACCAGUGUGACCUCCCUGCCCACGAGGGGGCUGGACUCGCUGCGGACGCUCAUGGCUCGGGACACGUGGACCCUGAAGAAGCUCCCGCCGGUCAAGACCUUCCGACACCUGACGAACGCCGACCUCACCUACCCAAGCCACUGCUGCGCGUUCAAGAACCUGAAGAGGAAGCGGGGAUAUUGGGAUUACAUCAUCUGCAACCUGACCGCCUUCUAUGACCAGCACCAGAAACGGUCGGUGAGCGCGUUCCGACUCCCCGUCCGCCAGGACCACCCGGACGAGGACGGGGACCCCGACGAGAUCCUCCUGGCGGAGCCCCCUGACCGCCGUGACUUCCACGGCGGCCUGCGCUACCACGCCUACUUCGGCAGCCGCCCCGACGACAGCGACGUGGGCUUCGGCGAGACGCUGAAGAACCCGCAGGAGGACACGGGCCAGGACUUCGACAGCCGCUACGACUACGUGGUGUGCGAGGAGGCCGAGGAGGUGGCCUGCGCCCCCGUCCCGGACGAGUUCAACCCCUGCGAGGACAUCAUGGGCUCCGGCUUCCUGCGCGUGUCCGUCUGGUUCGUCAGCCUCCUGGCCGUCCUGGGCAACCUGCUGGUGCUGCUCAUCCUUCUCAGCAGCCACUACAAGCUGUCCGUCUCACGCUUCCUCAUGUGCAACCUGGCCUUCGCCGACCUCUGCAUGGGCGUCUACCUGCUGCUCAUCGCCUCCGUCGACCUGCACACGCAGUCCGAGUACUACAACCACGCCAUCGACUGGCAGACGGGGCACGGCUGCGGUGCGGCCGGCUUCUUCACCGUCUUCGCCAGCGAGCUGUCCGUGUACACAUUGACCGCCAUCACGCUGGAGCGCUGGCACGCUAUCACCUUCGCCAUGCGGCUGGACCGCAAGCCGCGGCUGGCGCACGCCGCCGCCGUCAUGCUCGCCGGCUGGGCCUUCUGCCUGCUGCUGGCGCUGCUCCCCCUGGUGGGCGUCAGCAGCUACCAGAAGGUGAGCAUCUGCCUGCCCAUGGACACGCAGACAGCCGCCGCCCGCGUCUACAUCGUCUCGGUGCUCGGCCUCAACAUCCUGGCCUUCGUGGUCAUCUGCGCCUGCUACGUCAAGAUCUACUGCGCCGUGCGCAGCCCGCGCUACCACUCCAGCAGCAAGGACACGCACAUCGCCAAGCGCAUGGCCGUGCUCAUCUUCACCGACUUCCUGUGCAUGGCACCCAUCUCCUUCUACGCCCUGUCGGCCGUGCUGGACCGGCCGCUCAUCACCGUCUCCAACUCCAAGAUCCUGCUGGUGCUCUUCUACCCGCUCAACUCCUGCGCCAACCCCUUCCUCUACGCCAUCUUCACCAAGGCCUUCCGCGGCGACGUCUUCAUCCUGCUCAGCAAGGUGGGCUUCUGCGAGCACCGCGCCCAGGUGUUCCGCGGCCAGACUGUGUCGUCCAAGCACAGCAGCGUGUGCCGGGCUGAUCGGGAGAGGAGGGCGCCCGCCGAGACCCUGCUCACCCUGCAGGAGUGCCCCGGCCGCCCCUCCGCCGGCACCUACCUCCCCGCUGUGAAGCAGUAG